CAUCUACAAGACUAUAACGACAAAACACACCGAUAUCAUCUUCAUCUUCAUCAUCCAAAUCAUUUGCAGCGAGCUUGAGUGGGAAGCGUGAGGGCGGGGAAGAUGCCGAGAAGCAGGUACGCCGGGUCGAUCUCGGGCCCCAAGGUGGACGUCGCCAUUGACAUGGGCAAUCCCUUGCUCAACGUCACCGUCGAUGGCUUCCUCAAGAUCGGCACCGUCGCAGCCACCAGAGCAGCCGCGGAAGAUGCCUACUUCAUCGUCAAGAAAGGGAGUUUUUCGAGUCACAGUUUUGAGGACACGUUGAAGAAGAUGUGCAAAGAAGGGGCGUACUGGGGGACAGUUGCUGGAGUCUAUGCAGGAGUGGAGUACGGGGUAGAGAGAAUCCGUGGCACCAGAGACUGGAAAAAUGCUAUGAUAGGGGGUGCUUUGACCGGCCUUACAAUAUCUGCGGCCAGCAACAAUAACAGAGACAGAGUUGUGUUGGAUGCCAUCACAGGAGGUGCAAUCGCAACUGCUGCAGAGUUCCUUAAUUGUCUGACAUGAGUAAUGGAACAACUUAUUCCCGAUGCUUUUUGACCUUUUAGGUAGAAAGCAUCUAUUAUGCUGCUUCUGCUCAUCGCCCCUCUCUUGUAUGCAAGACAACUGAAAGUUUGAUGACGAGAACCGAAUCAUCAUUUUCUCAUCUGUAAACUAUCGCUCAUAAGUAUGUUGAGGUUUAUGGAGCUAUUUUUACAAUGGAA